GCGCGUGUGCAGAAUCACCCUGGCGUUGAAUCUCUACUCUCAUAACGGAGUGAAGGCAGUUUACCGGGGAUCUCUCGCGGUGAACUAACUCUCUGUAAUGAUGGUUCCUUACGGAUACAAAGCAGCAGCAUUAAUGUUUUACUCACUCGUGGCCUUUAUUGCUGCAAGCAAAGACGAUAAAGGGAAAGUCUCAGAGGUCCAGGAGACUGAAAGACAUCCUCGUGAAAGUCAACUCAACCUGAGGGAAGUCGUGUUUGUUAUCCAGAGCCAGAGGAACUCUUUCCAUGCUCAGCGAGCACAGAGACUCCAAACAGAUCUGCUUUUACAGGCUGAAGCGCUCCAAGAGAGCCUUCCAGCCAUCCUGCUGCUUCACACGCUGUCUGAAAACGAGGGAGAUUGGAGCAUUCUUCCCCUGUUGCCUUACCUUUCUUCUCACUUUGGAAAAAACUCCUCAUGGGUUUUGUUUCUUGAAGAGGAAACAAACGUAAACCUUGGGAAACUUCACAACAUCCUCAAAAAGUUUGAGCGCAGAAAUGAGUGGUUUCUUGGUAAGUCGCUUCACGAUGACGAAUCUACCAUCAUCCACCAUUACGCCUUUGCAGAGAACCCGUCUGCCUUUAAAUACCCGGACUUCAGUGCAGGAUGGGCUCUGAGCAUGCCACUCGUCAACAGGCUGUCCAAUAAGGUACAAGAACAGCCUCUGAAGUCAGACUUCACCAUAGAUCUCAAACAUGAGGUGGCGCUGUAUAUCUGGGAUGAAGGUAAAGGGCCUCGUCUAACAGCCGUUCCUGAACUGUGUGCGUUGCCGGAGCAUUCGCCUCAAGCUCAGCGUUGUGCCACUACUGUAAACACACACUCACCGCUGUGUGGUGAGCCUGUUAAAAAAGAGGCCAUAUUUGUGGCAGUGAAGACAUGCAAGAAAUUCCACACAGAAAGAGUCCCUGUGGUGAAGAAGACAUGGGAGAAACAAGCUGCACAUCUGGAGUACUACAGUGAUCACGCUGAUCCUUCCAUUCCAACCGUUGAUCUUGGUGUCCCCAACACAGACAGAGGUCAUUGUGGGAAAACCUUUGCCAUCCUGAAGAGAUACGUAAGCGGUGCUGUUCCAAAAACUGACUGGUUACUCAUCGUAGAUGACGAUACACUUAUUAGCCUGCCUAGACUACAAGCACUACUCAGCUGUUAUGAUCCCACAGAGCCGGUGUUCCUCGGGGAGCGUUACGGUUACGGGCUCGGCCAGGGAGGAUACAGCUAUAUCACAGGAGGAGGAGGGAUGGUGUUCAGCAGGGAGGCUGUACUCAGACUCUUGUCCAGUGGCUGUAAAUGCUACAGUAACGAUGCUCCUGAUGAUAUGGUGUUGGGGAUGUGUUUCAACUCUCUGCGACUUUCUGUUACACACAGCCCUCUAUUUCACCAGGCAAGGCCAGACGAUUAUGCCAGAGACUUUCUAGCCCACCAGACUCCCAUUUCUUUUCACAAACACUGGAAUAUUGACCCAAUUGCAGUGUUUCACAAGUGGCUAAAUGACGACGUGCACGGCUCCAGUACAGAACGACUCAGAAAAGCUUCUAAAGAAGAGUUAUAGCGAAUGGUCUCUUGAUUGAGACUGAGACAGGUCGUCCCAGAGAUUUUUUGAGAUGCUUGGACGCCUUUAUGUCUUGUUCCAGCUUCCCUUUGAACAGCCUGAUUGGAAGUUCAGGAUUGGGCAGGCCGGUCCAUCACAGACAGCAUUGCCUCCUUCCUUCCUUCUUCCUCCCUCCUCUCCAGAUAUCUCUUAAACAGCUUUGGGGUGUGUUCAGAGUGUUUGAGUCAAGUUCUCAGAAAUGGUUUUAAAAAGGUUAGGUGUCGUCAUACAUUUGAUAGGAAAUGUACGUGAGAUAUUUAUGAUAUUGGUCAUUAUGAUAUU